GACAUUUCAGUGUCCCAGGCACACGUACGCUCAGUCUCUUGUGGUGAUCAUUUUUGGAACCACUCUCACACUGCCUUUCCUCCCCCACAGAGAGAGAGAAACAGAGAAACAAUGCUCACACCCCUUCACCACCUUCUCUCCUCCUCCUUCCAUCCUCAGCCAGGUGGUUCUUUCCUCUUUUUCUAGCCGUUUCAUUGGAGCAGAAGCCCAUAUGGACCUUGUUGCUCUGGUAGAGGGACCAAUAUUUCUCUACUUGUAUUCUAUUUGUCCAUGACGCACACAAAUACCCCUAUCAUAAAAAACCUUAAAGAUUAUUUCUUUUCCCCUUUUUAUUUCAUAUUCACAGGAUCUGCAGCUCAGCUUUCUCACUGACUGAAUAAGCAAUUGCUGCAGAUAAUUGAAGAGGGUACACCCAUUUUAGGAGUUGAGUAUGUUGAAGCAAUCACCUAGUAGAAACCAGAGAUCAAAAGGCUUUAAGGUGAAACAUUUUCUUCAGAUAUGUCUGUUGCUUGCCAUUUGCAUUUGGCUGCUUAACCAACUCAAGCACUCCUAUGAUAAGAAAAAAGCAUAUGAUAAUAGCACCGGAAAUAUAUUAGAAAAGGUGCAAAGUGAGCAUGAAAUUAUAAAACUUGGGAGGAAGGACCUCCUUCCUCAAGUUGAUGAAACAGCAUUGGAGGGUGAAAGCCAAGGAGAUAAAGCAGAAUUAGAAGAAGAGAUUGAAGAUGUUAAACCCGAAGACAUUGAGGAUGAUGGAAGAGGUGGUAGAGAUGAUGAGAUUGAUGGACAUGAUCAUGAGAGAGCAGAAGAGGAAGAAUCUGAUGAAGUAGAAGAUCUCAUUGAUGUAGAUGAUAGGGAGAGGGAUGUGGGAACUGAAGAGCAAGAGAGUGAAGAGAAGGGCAAUCAACUUGAGGAUGCAAGUUCAAUAAAUCAUCGAACCCAAAAUGAAGGUGAAAGGAUUUCUCGGCAGGCACGAGAGGAACAUUACAAGGGUGAUGAUGCUUCCAGUUCCGUAGUGCGCAGCACCCGAACUCUAAGCAUGGAAUUUCAGAUUGGAGGUCUUAGAAAUAUAAAAGUGGCAAUCGGAUCGAGUGGAAUUGUAGCUGGUGAAGUAAAAGAUGAUGAAUUUAAUUUGGCUGGCUCAGAAUCUAGUUCACUUGUUGAGGCAGUGGCAAAUGAGAAAACAAAAAUUAAUGGAAAUGAUGCACUGCUAGAGAAAAUUUAUGACUUAAAUGCAACUGCUGUUGGACAGCACACAUUCUUGCAAGAUGUUCCUAGGGCACAAAAUGAAAGCUCCAAUGAAGUCAUCGAAAGCAGGCAAUCAAAUGCUAAUUCAAACCUUUCUUUUAUGACUGGUAGUUUGGGUUCAGUUGAUUAUGGAGUAGCAUCUGUUUCCAAGCCUAUGGUGACAAAGCAGAUUAUCAAACUUGGUCCUUCUGCUUUAUCAGUGGGAAACAAUGCUCUUACAACCAUGAACAAGAGUAAUGAUACAGCUAAUAGUCAGGGUUCAGAAUCUACUGCAAAUUAAAUAGCAGAGACUGCAGAGAAUGCUCAGCAUCAGUGAAAAUUAGUGAGGAUAUAGGUUCCAAAAAAUGAGUACUUUUGCUCAAGUCCUUAUUCUACCCGGAAGAUAGAGAAAGACAGGUUAUUUUCAGCACUAAACUAGAGCUAAUGAGAGGGAAUAACUAUGCAGAUAAAGCUGAAUAACACAUCAUGACAAGCAUGUUAUAGGUUCACCCUCUCGGGGGUGUGUGAUUUCAAGUCCUUUCACAUUUUUAGAGUUAUCCUGUACCUAUAUAUAUAUAUAUAUAUACGUGUGUGUAUAUAUAUAUAUAUAUAUAUAUAUAUAUAUAUAUAUAUAUAUAUAUAUAUAUAUAUGCUGCUCUUUUAUGCUUCAAGUCCAUUAAUGCCUGGAUAAAUGUAUCAAAAUUGGCGAUGGACGGUGUAUAAGUUGGAAAAGCAGACUUCUUAAUGUGUAUUAGUUGUAUUACUAAAAAAGUUUUCAGUUUUUCUA